AAAUAGAUUUCUAUAAAUGUAGGUGUGACAACAUUAAAGCAUUGCUCAGGAACAUUGAAGCCAUGAUAGCCAAAUGGUGAAGGGGUCGGACUGGCUGCCUCGUCAUCCGAGGAACGCGGGUACGAAUCCCGCUGACGCUUACUCGACUAUUGAGGUGCGCCCACUAGUGAUGAUGACACAAGCAUUAUAAGCAUAUUAGCUUAUGGGGGUUUUAACGGGACUAGGCUAUUAUAGUAAUUUGUGCAAAAUCAAAUUUAAAAAACAUCCUCAGAAAGUCAGGAUAUAGAAGGAACGCCCAACUAAGUACUUGGCACAACAUGAAAUACGCCAUUUUCAUUAUGUACCGCAGGAGUUGAACCUGGAUUGCUAUAAAAAUCCCUCUAUGGUGGCCUUUUGCGAAUAAUGUAGACGUGUAGGUUUUAUCUUAUCUUUGUAAUUUUAUGUUAUAAGUAAUCCAUUCGUUGCGGUGAUCAUUAUUUCAGUGCCUGUAUUGCAGUCCAAGCAGUAUGAUAACGUGUAUUCUUAGGUUUAUUUUGUUCACAUCGUUUAUUAUUUACUCCUACAGCGAUGAGACUACAAGGAAGCCCGAUCUGGUAUCUGUAUUUGAAUAUGGCGCCCAUAUAGAUGGAGAACAGCUUUCCUUUGUCUUCACUGGCUCAAUACCAGCAUUUCAACCUGUCUUUAGUUUAGAUACUAGGCCUACUAAUCCAAGUCUAGAGACGCGAUUCACAUAUCUAAAAAUGGAAUACAUAAACCCGGUUUCAAAAGUGGUCGUCUCAUUCGACCCGGCCACUAUGGUGUUGACGGUUCAUCAGAAAUUCCCGUUCCUCAGCAUGCCGAUUGGCGUUCAUGGCUAUUCUAUGCCAAUUGAAAGACCAUGACAUUUUUGGAGGCUUCGAUUAUAAACCUACUUGUGAACUGAGAUAGUGUUUUAUUAAUA